AUGCGCCCUCUCAACCCUCAACAGCUCCAAACCAAACACACCAACACUCCUCCUCCUCCUCGAAAAAUCACCAUGUCGUUCACCUCCCCAACCAAACGCCGCGUUACUCCCCGCCCCUACAAGCCGGCGGACUGGCGUGUGCAGCGGUCCACCAACCACCUCAUGCAAUCCCCCAUCUCAUUUGACUACCGCCACACAAGCGCUUCGCUCGCGGGCCAGGGUGUCGCCAUGCGCGAUUUGAGACUCCAAGGAAACGCGACGCGAAUUGAAGGCGCCAACGACUUGGUGCUUGCACACAGCGGCCUUGCGCGCAUCACUUUCCGCAUUAUCUGGCCCGGCUACGAACAUGUUGAAUGGUGCCGCACAAUGAGCAUCGUCUCCGACCAUGGCGCUCCCAUCACCCGCCUUGGCCUCGCGAUCCAAGUGGCAAGCAGCUUCGCUCACUGGACAGAGAAAACCCAAUACGAGAAACCGACAUCUCCUGAAUGGAUGGUGUCCCCCGCCUGCGUGCAAUUCAAACAUAUGUACCUUGUGUCCCUACACGUUCGAAAACGUCUGGCAGGCUGA